AUGACAGCCAACGUUAGUCAUUCGGAUAAAGAUAGAAUGGCCGAGAUAGAUCGGUGUCUGGGAAUGAUCGGUCCUUCUUCUUCAGAUGAAUCCAAAUUUGUAGGCAUGCUUGUCCUGCCACGUCUACUUCAACAAGAUAAUGUUGAACAGAUUCAACAUGUAUUUGACGAAAUGAAUUUCAAAUUUAUUGAACGCCUUUUAAGAACACCCAAGAAUGAAAAUGCAGAGAUUCCGGAAUCAGUCCUGCGAGAAAUUGCAGUGAAUAUCUUGGCUUGUUUUGCUCGCUAUGAGACAAUGGCCACCAGUCAACCAAUGGUAGACAAGAUUCCUGGCUUGUCAAUCAUACUGACACCAAAUGAUUCGUCGGAUUUAACCCAAGAAAUCCUACACAUAUUAUUAUGUGUGGCUGUGAAUAAGGAAGGCCUGGUAAAGAUGCUGGAUCCUGAUGUGCUCAAGAAUAUCCUUGAGGUUUUUGUGGAAACUGAAAAAGAGGAGGAGCGUAAGCUGUGUGUUGAUUUGAUCAAGGCAAUCUACGGCCGAACAUGUCACCGAUUACACGAGGCCAAGGUUCCAAGUCUGAUGUCUAGCCUGCGUUACUCUCUAAAGACCUUAUUUGGUAUUCUGGCAUCCGUGUUUAACCAGGACCAAGCCAAGCUUAAGUUCUAUUGUCUUGAUAUCUUGGCCAAUGUUCUGCCCGAUCUCCCGGAUGAGGUAGUGCAGGCACACAAGAAAGAAGUCGAGCCUGAAGCCACUUGGUUAGUCAAUAUCCGACGAGGUCUGCGCCAGAUUGUGACCAACAAAGUUGGUGAUGAACUGCGGGACCAGGCUACGUUGGUUACAGCAUGUCUUGUGCGUUACUAUGGCUCACAAUGGCUAUUCAGUCCCUUACUGCGUACAAAACAGGCUCGUAGAUUAAAAGAUCAAGAUGGUGACAAAAAGGCAGCAGAGGAAUACUACGCAGAGGCCAAUUUUCCUGCUCUAUUGAUUCAUAUUGUGUCAGUUGAGGCACGCGUGAUGGUGGACCAGAUAAACGACAUUCGACAGGCCGCACAUAAUCAAACAACACCUCGACAGGUAGAAGCAGAUAAACGGCACAAGGUCGUGUUGCCCUUGCUGUUCGAGAUCCUUGAGGGUGCGAUCGAGUAUCUGUCAGAGAGCUUUGACGAAAAUGAAGAGAGUCAAAUGGAUCCAGACAUGUUACUCAAGCUUCGUACCACACUGUCGGACACAAUGGAUGUUGUCAUGGAAUUAUUACAGUUUAUACAAAACACAACCCUGCCUGAAGAGUCAGAAGAUGACCCAGUUGCGCAGGCGUGUAUGAGAAUCGUAGCUCUCUGGCUGGCUGAAGAAGGUUAUGAGAUGCCUGAGGGUGGAGAUAAUUAGAGUAGUAUAUAUUCAAAAGAAAGCAAUCAAUCAAUUAAUAUCAAUAUAUAAACAAAUCAUGACAAUUUACACACAAAUUGAAACAAGAUAAACUAGACGAGGCUAGACUAAACUAAACCUACAAAAAAAACACACACACACAUCAUACUGUAGUGUAAUAUAUAAUAAAAAAUUACUAAUAAAAAUAACCACAAAAGGAAUCUGCAUCAG